AUGGUUGCCAAACGCACAAAGGCAGAGGAGCACAAAGAACUGAGGAAGGAGAGAGAUGCCGCCAUAGAAGAGCAACUAGAGGCGGCCCAGGAACAGGGGGAACUAUGGGAUGAGUUGGAGAGGGUUAAUGAGGACCUGCAACGGGAAUUGAAAGAGGCAUGGGCAAUGGUGGAGAAACUGCAAGGAGAGGAGGAAGAUGAGUAG